UUUUCCGCGCCGCUCACAGUCUGUCUGCCAAGUCUGACAACAAAAUAUGCAGCUGAAAUCCACAGCCGCGGCUCCGUAAAUGUCUGGACGAACGCUCGGUUUCGCGCUCGCUUAGUGACCGGAGUCAUUGUACCGUUUUGCCUUCGACCCGAGACGCCGCGGCCCUACGCAGAGGCGGCUUUUCGGACGCUGGAGAAGCUACAAUGAGCUCGGAGCACCAGAGCGACGGCGAGGACGCGGACGCGGCGCAGGACAGGAGGCCCCGCGGCGGCACCGAGUCCGACAAAGACCAAGAGCCCGACAUAGACGACGACUCGGACGACGAUGAUGAUGACACCGCCCCGGGGAGUUCUUCUUCGCCGCCGGAGAGCAACGAGGACCGGUCGGAACGAAGGAGGAGGAGUCCGGAGCCCGAGGAGCGGUUGCCGCGCGGGCCAGCGGCCGGGGAGGCGCAGAAUGGGAGCGGCGGGGGCUCCGACGGCGGCGGAGGAGGAGGAGGAGGAGGAAGGGGGGAGAGUCUGUUCUCCUGGCUGCAGGGUAGGACUAUAAGACGGGGGGUGUUUGUUGACCCCGCCAGGGAUAACUUCCGGACAAUGACCAGUCUGUACUGCUCCAUGAACCCGGCUGUGGAGUCAGUGAACCUGAGCACCCAGACCCACGGAGCCGUGUUCAACCUGGAGUACUCCCCGGACGGGUCUGUGCUAACUGUGGCCUGUGAACAGACCGAGGUGCUGCUGUUCGAUCCCAUCUCCUCCAGACACAUCAAAACUCUGACGGAGGCCCACGAGGACUGUGUCAACAACAUCAGGUUUUUGGACAAUCGUUUGUUUGCCACCUGCUCGGACGACACCACCAUUGCAUUAUGGGACCUCCGUAAGCUGAACUCCAAGGUUUGCUCGCUGCACGGCCACGCCAGCUGGGUGAAGAACAUCGAGUACGACACCAACACUCGUCUACUCGUCACGUCCGGCUUUGACGGCAACGUGAUCACAUGGGACACGAACAGGUUUACGGAGGACGGAUGCCCACACAAGAAGUUCUUCCACACCCGCUACCUGAUGAGGAUGCGACUGACGCCCGACUGUUCCAAGAUGCUCAUCUCCACGUCAUCGGGGUAUCUGCUCAUCCUCCAUGACCUGGACCUCACACAGUCCCUGGAGGUGGGCAGUUACCGAAUGCUGCGCGCUCGGCGGACGCCGCUCAGCUCAGAUGGAGGUACGUCAGCGUCCAGGUCGUCUGCGACUCCUCGGCAGGGAAACGACUCCAGCAAAAUCCACCCUCACAGAGAAGGCCUUUCCCCCAGGAACAGUCUGGAGGUGUUGACUCCAGAGAUCCCCGGAGAGAGGGACCGAGGGAACUGCAUCACCUCCCUGCAGCUCCACCCCAAAGGCUGGGCCACGCUGAUCCGCUGCUCCAGCAACAUGGAUGACCAGGAGUGGACGUGUGUGUAUGAGUUCCAGGAGGGGGCGCCCACCCGCCCGCUGGUCUCCCCCCGCUGCUCCCUCCGUCUCACCCACUACAUCGAGGAGGCCAACGUGGGGCGGGGCUACAUAAAGGAGCUGUGCUUCAGCCCGGACGGCCGCCUCAUCUGCUCGCCAUACGGAUACGGCGUGCGGCUGCUGGCGUUCGACGAGCGCUGCGGCGAGCUGGCCGACUGCCUGCCCGUCCAGACCAGCGUCCUGAAGGAGAUCCGCUCCAUCUACUCCCACAGCGACGUGGUCCUCACCACCAAGUUCUCCCCGACACACUGCCAGCUGGCCUCGGGCUGCCUCAGCGGACGCGUGGCGCUCUACCAGCCCAAGUUUUAGCUGCAUACAGGGGCGCCGCCCACCCGGGGAAACACCCACAGAUCCUGCACAAACCUGCAAAGUACGUCCCACUUUAGGAAUGAAAACUUGCACUAAAGUAUUAAAAUAUGGACGUGCUCCUGAAGACGCUGUGGGAGCAGCUCCACAUUGGAUUGAAUCUGUGGUUGAAUGGCGCCGACGCACGCCCGACAUCAGUCAAACCAAACUGAGCCCGUUUACACGACCAGAAACGACCCAAAACUGGGACUAAUCAGAUAAAUGUUAGAAUCAGAUCUGACACGUUCACAACCACCUCAGAAAUACGAUAACAGAGAAACCCUGGUGUAGACGUUUCAGCCCAGAAACGGAUUUACUUCCGAGUCUGUGACCAUAAACGCAAACUUCCUGUUUUUGUCUUCGACGUUGUUUCUGUUUUCUACGACUGAACUGUUUCCCCAUGUUCAGACAGAACAGAGCGGAAUAAACCAGAUUAACCUGUUCACAUGCAGGAAGACAUGGGGACAAAUCCAGGUGUGUAAUCUGAUUACUCAUAAUCAGAUUACUGCUGUUAUCCAAUAAAACAGAUACUGUUUAUAUGAUCAAUAAUAAUCUGAUAACUGUAGAAAUCAGAUAAUGAUCAGAACUGUAGUGUCAGUGUGAACGGGCUCAGAGGGUGCAGUGGAAUUGAUCACAUUCACACUGAUCUAAAACUGGAUCGACUACGUUUACAUGCACAAAAGAUUCACAUACUGCGCAUUUUCCUGUUUUCACACUCUUUCCAUUCCUUCAGUCUUUCAUUUUAUAGUCAUCAUGUUGCUUCUUCUAAAACCAAAAACUGGGAAACUGUUCUCCAAAUUUAAGAGUUAAAUGUAAACGACACAAACUGUAUAAAAAAACAACAAAACUGAAUAUAUGAAAGAUUAGAGCCCUAAUGAGGAUAAAACUGAUUUAGAGAAUAAAGACACUUACGUUUCAAUAAAAAGGCCAAAUUUUACAAGAAUAAAGUCAGUGUUCUGAGUAGAAAAGUUCUUACUCAAAGAAUAAUCUUAAUUUUUCUGUAUGAAAUGUUUCUGUACAAAUGAAGAAAUCAUAGAAUGUCAAAAAAAAAAUCCUAAAUCAUUAGCAGCUUUUAUGCAACUGAUUAAUGGUUGUCAUUAAAAUGAGAGAAAAUACUGAAAAAUUGCCCUCAAAUGUUUUGUUUGAUUCAGAAAUGAAAGAUUUUUUAGUCACAGAAGGAAAGAAAGAAGAAAAUGUUCACAUUUAAGAUUAUUUUUGUGAAUUCGUGCUUUUAUUCCCCUUAAAAAUCAAACUAUUAUGAGGGUAGUUGUUCAUUAAUUUAGUCUGUUUUUGGGAUAAUUUGGACAAUUCUUGUAAAAUUCAACCAUUAAAAACACAACAUUUCUUUCUCAUGUUGUAAUAAUAGAACUGAUUAAUAAUAUAAACAGUCAUAAUAUAACAUAAUAUUUGCUUUUUUCCCCUCAAUUUUACACAUUUAUUCUUCUAAGUCUUUGCCUUUUUUUCCUCCAAAUACUGACACUUUAUUGGAAUAUUCCAACCAGAAAUGAUUUCAGUUCUCUUUUUAUCCUCAGGGUGGUGCUAAUGCUACUUAAUGCUGAAUCCAGUCCACCAAUAAUGCAACUAAAACCUGAAUAAAAUCAGAUUUUUUUUCUUUUUU